AUGGCUGCUUCACACUGCAUUUUUGAGCCGCCUGAAUUCUCUGAUCAUUCACCGGGGCAUGUGAAGUAUUUUACUCCUCCUCCCACCUUUGAAACACGGCCGUUCAAAUUCUUUAAUUUUGUUACAAAGCUUCCUUCGUUUCUGCCUUGUAUCAAAGAAGCCUGGUUAGUGGCAGGAGAGACUGCUCAAUCUUUGAAAACAGUGGGAUACAAGCUAAAAACCUUGAAACCUUCUAUCAAAACUCUUUGCAAGGAAAAGUUUAGCGACUUGGAAAACAGAGUACUUCAAGCUAAUACUGAACUGAAGGAUAUACAGCUAAGAGUUCUAAACAACCCCACUACGGUGAAUAUGCAGUUGGAACGAUCUGCGAGAGAUAAGUGGCUGCAGUUACGGUUAGUUGAGGAAAGCUUUUUCAGGCAGAGAUCAAGAAUUAAGUGGUUAGCAGAGGGUGAUUUUGACACGAGAUUCUUUCAUCUAGUCACCAAAGCCAGGAAUGCGGCAAACGCAAUCAAAUACCUAAAAAAACCAGAUGGAUCAAGGACCUCUUCUCUGCAGGAGGUUCACCUUUUAGCGCAGUCUUAUUACGGGAGAAUCUAUAAUACGCUGAAAGGUGAUUUCUGUCCUUUCUUAGAUAUUUUCCUCAACAGGACAAUAACCAAGUGA